UUUUUCUGGCGCCGCCAUUAUCGCAAUGGCACGGGAGGUGGUGAGAGAGACUGCACGGCUCUCCCGCUGUGAUCUGCGUGUGCCGCCGGGGCGGUCGGAGGACCCGGGUGCCCGUAGGAGGCGGAAAUGGAGUCAGUGACCCUUGAGGAUGUGGCUGUGAAUUUCACACAGGUAGAGUGGGCUUUGCUGACACGUUCCCAGAAGAAACUCUACAGAGAUGUGAUGCGGGAAACCUUCAGGAACCUGGCUGCUGUAGGACAAAAAUGGGGAGACCAGACCAUCAAAUAUGUAUACAGAGAUCCUAAGAAAAGUCGAAGAAGACAAGUGUUGAAGAGAUGUGAACAUGAAGAAAGUAGACAACGCGGAAAAAUGUUCAGCUGGAAUCUAGAGUAUAUCAUAAACAUGAAAACUGGAAUAAAACCAUGUGAAACCCAUGUGUGUGGACAAGCAUGCACUGGCCAUUUAUCCUAUGAGAGGCAUAUUGUAUCUGACUCAGGACACACUAAGAGACCCUAUAAGUGUAAAAAGUGUGGUAAAGCCUUUAAGUGGCCCUGUGACCUUCGAAAUCAUGAAAGAACUCACACUGGAGAGAAACCUUAUAAAUGUCAGCAAUGUGGGAAAACUUUUGGUUGUUCCACUUACUAUCGAAGACACGCACGGACUCACACUGGAGAGAAGCCUUACGUAUGUAUGCACUGUGGCAAAGGCUUUAGAUGUUCCAGUUUCCUUCAGAUACAUGAAAGAAUUCACACUGGAGAGAAACCUUACGUAUGUACGCACUGUGGGAAAGCCUUCACUCGUGCCAGUACUCUUCGAAUACAUGAAAGAAAUCACAAUGGCGAGAAGCCUUACGUAUGUGAGCAAUGUGGAAAGGCCUUCAGAGAAUAUGGUAAAAUGAAAAGACAUGAAAAGAUUCAUACUAGACAGAAGUCUUAUGUGUGUGAGCAUUGUUGGAAAGUCUUCAGGUUCUCCAGUUCCUUUCAGAAACACGAAAGGACUCACGCUAGAUAGAUACACUAAAUAUAAAUAUCAUGUGACCAUUGUAGCAUACAUGAGAAAGCAUGAUGGAAAGGACUCAUAUCAAUAAAGAUUGUGGAAAAGCCUCUGGUCAUCUCAGUUCAGUCCACAGAUAUUAAAACAAAACAAAAAAGCAGUAUGGAGAUAACCCUUUAAUAGAAGCGAUGUGCAAAAGUCAUCAGUUGGCCCUCAUGCAAGAAGGUGCACUGGAUCAGAGCCAUGUGAAUGAAAAGUAUAAGAAAGUUAUCAACCAUAAGAGUUUCAGUGUCUCAUGAAAAUUCCUCAUGAAAUCCUAUGAAUGUAAGUAAUACGAAGAACCUAAUGCAAAGUAAUUUCUGUAAAAUGACCCAGAAAGUACAGGACCUGUAGGAAACCUAAAUGCUAUAGAUGUAUUGUGUUCAUCAGUGACUCAUUCUUUUUUGGGGUUUGGGCUCACUUGCAUAGCAAAUACUCUACUGCUUGAGCCAUACCUCUAGUCCAUUCUGCUCUGGUUAUUUUGAAGAUGGGGGUCUCGCCAACUGAUUUGCCAAGGCUGACCUUGAACCAUGAUCCUCCCAAUCUCAGUCUCCCAAGGAGUUAGGAUUGUAGGCAUGAGCCUUUGGUGCCCGACUCAUCAGUAGGUCAUAAGUACAUCUCUAGACAUGGAUGUGCCAUCCAUGCUAUUGAAAGCAAGCAUGGUGACAUAAUACAGUUGAAGCAAUAGUGUUUGAGUUUUAUACAUCAUGUUUUCUUCACUCAAGUUGGUUGAUGAAAUUGGGAUUAUCCUAUUGGCCUAAAGUGGUGUGUUCUAGAUAUGUCUUUGUGUAUAUUCCAUGUGACUUUUUCAUGGAAAAAUAAUAUUUUUUGAGCUGGUCAUAUACCAGUAGAGAACUUGCUUAGCAUGAGUGAGGCAAUGGAUUCAA